CUCGGCGGUUCCUACGAAUCCCAGUGGACUUCUUCGCAGCUCCUCUCAGCCUCAACCUCGCCAUGGCUUCCGCUGGCCUGCAAAUCCUGGGGAUCAUCCUGACGCUGCUCGGCUGGGUGAACGCCCUGGUGUCCUGUGCCCUGCCCCUGUGGAAGGUGACCGCCUUCAUCGGCAACAGCAUCGUGGUGGCCCAGGUGGUGUGGGAGGGGCUGUGGAUGUCCUGCGUGGUGCAGAGCACCGGCCAGAUGCAGUGCAAGGUGUAUGACUCCCUGCUGGCGCUGCCCCAGGACCUGCAGGCCGCCCGCGCCCUCUGCGUCGUCGCCCUCCUGUUGGCUCUGCUCGGGCUGCUGGUCUACCUCGCGGGAGCCAAGUGUACCACCUGCGUGGAGGACAAGGACUCCAAGGCCCGUCUGGUGCUUGUCUCCGGGAUCAUCUUUGUCAUCUCGGGUGUCCUGACCCUUAUCCCUGUCUGCUGGACCGCCCACACCAUCAUCCGGGACUUCUACAACCCUUUGGUGGCCGAGGCCCAAAAGCGGGAGCUGGGGGCCUCCCUCUACCUGGGCUGGGCAGCCUCUGGUCUUUUAUUGCUGGGGGGGGGGCUGCUGUGCUGCACAUGCCCCUCGGGGGGGGCCCGGGGCUCAAACCAUUACAUGGCCCGAUACUCCGCCUCUGCCGCACAUGGCACCUCUCAGGGUCCCUCCGAAUACCCCGCUAAGAAUUAUGUCUAAUUCCGGUAGGGGAGCGGGGGACUCCCUUGACAGAGGAGUCUAACUUCCUGAGCCGGAGACGUGGAGAUGGUGAUCCAGACAGCUUUGGGUGGUUUUUUAUCUUUUUUGGGGGGGAGGAGCGGGGGGAGUGGUAUUUUUAAAACUCAGUUGGUAACCCGACCAAGAAACUCAGCAUCUCUCUUGGGCUCUGCUGCUGGUGCGUCUCACCUUUGGAUGAUGGAGCCAAGGAGGUGAUGCUUCACAGUUUCUGGAUCUUUCUCCACCCCGGACAUCCCCAUCUCGGAGGCCAACCCGCAGCCGCGGGCCAGCGUGAAGGCUGCCUGCUGUUCAGAUGCUUGCAGCCUGUCCCCAAGAGUCCCUCCUUAGUGGUGGGUCCUCUGAACCCCCCAGGGCUCCUGAGCCUCAGGUAGCCCGCCCUUAGAAGAGCGGGCGGUUUAAGUUACCAAAGAACCACCCACCUCCAAGUGUUCCGACCUCUGGCUCCUCUACCCUGAGUCCUGCCCCAGCUGUGCCCUAGACCACCUCCCCCGCCCCCCUCUGGCUCACCUUCAGCCCCUGCACGCUUCUGUCACGCCCCCCCCGCCCCCCACAGUUUUUGUUAAAUAAAGCUGGUC